CAACAAACCGCCGCAUUCAUGAAAAUGAAAACGUUUUUUUUUUUAUUACAGAGUCAGUUUGCAACUAACUCAGUUUAAAAACGAAUUCGCUAUAAUCAAGCAUCUCUGAUUCAGAAGUUGUUUUUCGAGAAUAAUAUGAACUGUUUAUCGUUAUGUGUGCGCAUGCGGGCAACUUGCGAAAGAAAUUGUUUCGAUUGGCUUCGUUUAGUACAAUAAUCAUUACGCGAAUGGAUAGCCGCCUUGUGAUCUCGAAAAAAAUGGUGCCUUCGUCGCAAUUCGUACUUAUUCUAUUUGGAAUAUCCUGGUUGUUCAGUUCCUUAAUUUCAGCGGUACCAUUAGCUUUGGCUGACGAAAAACCGAAGAAUCGAGAUCAUCUGAUAAUAACCGAGAAACUUUAUGCGAAGAUUUUUGAGCAAAACAGGGAUCAACAGAAAGCUUAUGUGGCCAAUGUCCUCUCUACUUAUGAUUACUCUACUAGAUAUAGCCUGCUGAACAGGACUUAUGAAGAGAUAAUACAGAUUCUUCAAGAGCACGGGCCGAAAUUGCGUGAAAAUAACAUCACGGCUGCCAUGGAAUUUCCCAAAAAUCACACCGUAAUGGAACUAAUGGCUUUAUAUAUUGAAAACACAUGUUUCUUUGGAGAGCUUAUCCUUCAUAUGCCGAAGAUAUCCUACAGAAUUUUGAAAACUGUAACGGGCUGGCGUGAGCUCGUCCUUGAAGCGCUACGUUAUACGCGAACCUUCGUAAAUAUCGUUGAUAGUAAAUCAAUGGAAUUACUAGAUUUGACAGAACAGGAAAUCGACAUAAGCAAGCGUCUGCCAUACUUCAUCAAUCCUUACCGGGAUCACAGAACAGCUGGUUUGAGAACGAAACGUCGUAAAAAGUUAAAAUUAAAGAAAGGACCUCAUCUAACAAAAUUAGAGUUGUGAUAAUUGGAAAACUGUUUAUUUCAUUGAAAUCGAUAUACAUAAGUCUAAUCCUA